AUGGUCUCUGAAUCUGCUACACGUCCUGCGAAGCGCAUAAAACUGGAGGACUCGUCGCCCCCCGACAUAAACUUUGAAGAAACCGAUGCUACUGAGGCCGAAAGGGGCGAGGAUCACUGUACCAUAUGUCUUCAACCCACCGUGGAUCGUACAGUGAUACCCCUUUGCUCGCAUGAAUUCUGCUUUGAGUGUCUGAUGGUGUGGUCAGAGCAAUCCCGCAGGUGCCCGUUAUGCUCUCGAAACAUCGGAGACUACUUGAUACACCACAUACGCUCCAACUAUGACUACCAAAAGCAUUAUCUCCCACCACUUCGUACGUCCCCUCGUCCGCUUCAACCUCCAUCUAGGCCACGUACAACGCACGCAAAUUUCAGCAGACGUCCCACGCGUAGAGAACGCGAGUGGGGUAGGCGUGAGAGGGAGGCACAGGAAGAGACGGAUGCGCUCGAGCGAGCGAUUCGCAGGCGAAGAUGGAUAUACGAACAUCAUCUUUACGCGAAGCAUGUUGCGUCAAAUUCUUUCACGCGGUAUCGGCCAUACCCCACGCCGGCCCAGUUCGCAGCAUCUCCGGAUCUCAUAAGGAAGAUCACUAUUUUCUUGCGGCGAGAGUUGCAGGUGUGGCCGAAUAUGGAUGUAGAAUUUCUCACAACAUUCGUGAUCUCUCUUAUGAAAGCUAUAGACAUACGCGCGGAAUCUGCUGUCAAGCUUUUGGCAGAAUUCUUAGACAUGGAUGAUGGCUAUGUAGACGGUGGCCGCCACGUUAAUGCAGAGCAUUUCGCACAUGAAAUAUACUCUUACGUCCGAUCGCCAUAUAGAGACCUUGCAGUGUACGACACUGUCGUUCAAUACGAUGUCCCUUCGAAUAUAUCUUCCCCUCCCGACCACGAGCGCAGCAACCGGUGGAGACCCACUUCUCAUUCUGACUCAAACUCGAGCUCCAACUCGCCUUCACCAUCGUCUUCUCGCCGACGUUCCCUUUCAUCAGGAUCAUGGCGUCGAGGAACGCCGUUUCGGUCUACUCGAGGCUAUUCCCAGGAAGGAUCUCGUAGCCCAACACGUGGCCACACUCACUCGAGCAAGAGAACUGGCGAAGCUUCUCGAUUCGAAGAACGUAGUCGACGUGGGGACUCUGACAAUGAGAAGGACGACCACUGGCGCUCCCGAAGGUCACGAACUGAUGAUAUCAAUAGCAAGGGAAAGCGGCGAAUGCACGAGUCCACGUCGGGACAUGCUAGCACCCCAAGAACCCCACGCCGCACUGCAGAACGUGGUUCAGCAACCGAACGCGGGGAUGUCGAGGCUGACAUAGAAGACCAGAACGCGCCAGAUCAUGUCGGGCGCAAUAUUGACCGAGGAAAUCGCGAUGCAAUUAAGCAAGGUACAGUUCCGGGGAAGGCAUAUCGUGAUCCCGUUCAUAUACCGAGACUUUCAUUGAUCGAUAACGAAGCCCCAUCCGGGAUGCCGAAUUCGUCCUCACGGCCGCAUAUCCCUCGCACAGCGCUGUACACUGCACACGCCCAUCUUCUGUCCUCAGCGCGAGUCCGCCAUGGCCCAGGGCCUCAGGACGUCGUCGAGCUGUCAACAAAUGCUGGAGAUGUCAAGAACACUAGUAGUGGGCAUAUUAUGUCUUCUGCCGCCGAGUUUUCGCAGAGCACACGCAGCUCCCUCCUGAUCCGGGUGUCGGGUGGUACACCUGCCAACUCCACCUCGUCGCUAGGCUGCAAUGCUGACGAGCCUCCCGAUCUUGGCGAGUCGUCCCAUCCCGCAGUGCAAUUGUCGGCGCCGGAGAUCAUGGCUCGCACAAGGGCUCGUUUGGCCAAAAUGAAGUCAUCCGCAUCGGAGGAUUCCACUCAAUCCAAUAUUAACAUGCCGUUGCCAUUAUCCGCAACAGCGCAGCGCAGCCAACAACUCAACUCUGAUGAGAUGUCGCCUGAAAGUUCUAAAACGUCCGCAGGAAUUUCUCCUCGAGCACCGCCUUCGAGUUCAAGAUCGGCUCUUUCAAAGUCGAUAACUCCCACUUUGUCUCCGAGAUCGCCGCCGGCAACUGACGUAAUAGUCGAUCGCCGUCUGCGCCUUGUCGACAAACUGGCGUCUGAACGACGCCUUACGCAUAAACAGUUAGACCUUGGGCCUAGCAUUCCCGACGGUGACACCACGUUAUAUAGGCGCUCGACCUCGCCUGUUUCUAUGACGGGUGCGCCUUCUUCGGGCUCUGCACUGGCGGAGGCCAGACUCCGGAUGCAGGCACAACAGCACGUCAGACUUGUUGCUGCACGACGUGCUGCGGGUCAGCGCACGAGCGCACUCAUUUCAUGCGACGACAAAGGUAAUAUCGUCCCUAGCGGAGUUGAUGCGGACCCACGUAUAAGCAGGGAUUUGGGUUCAAGGUCGUCCGACGAGUUUGAGCGCGAGGAGCAGCUGCGCUCACAAUUACGAGCUAGAUAG